UCAAAUUUCUUUAUCACAGUUUCGCUAUUUUCCGUUCAAUGGGCGGCGGUCCCCGUACUUUCCCCGGCGGUCUCAACAAAUGGCAAUGGAAGCGCCUCCACGAGAAGAAAGCUCGGGACAAGGAAAACCGGCUCCUUGAUCAAGAGAAACAGCUUUAUCAGGCUCGAAUCCGAUCUCAAAUCCGAGCUAAACUCACUUCUUCCGGUGAACAAUCCCAUUUUAGCAAUGAACAACAGCCUAAUUAUAGCCCUGUUUCACCACAAGACCAUAUUAGAGGUCUAGCUGAUCGGUUCAUGAAGGAAGGUGCUGAGGAUUUGUGGAAUGAAGAUGAUGGACCGGUUAAUACUCUACAGAUAAGUCAACAAAGCGGAAGUAUUAGUGAGUCAUUUGAUUUGCGUAAAUUGAGAGAUACUAACUUUAAUGAUGUUCCUCGAAGUUAUAGUUUUCAGAAAGCUAGAAAUUUUUGUACGAAUAUUAGUGAUGUUUUCGCUGAAAAUUGUAGAACUAGAAAUCCAGCUUUUUCGGAUAGUUGGUCAAGACAGAACAAGUUUUUAAUGUUUGGAUGGAGGUUGGUUAAUAUUGAGAAUAGAAAUGUGAAUAAUUUGAAUGGAUUUUUGAAUUAUAGAUGCUACUCAGUAGAUAGGAUGAAUGGGAAUGGGUCGAGGAAAUUGGAUUUUACUAGAAAUGAGAGUUCGCAAAGUGAGGAUAAAUUGAGAUCAGUGGGAUUGGUGGUGAAGGGUGAGCGAAAAGCAAAAUGGCCAAGGUUUAGACCGAAACCUGAGGAGUCAACUGAUGAAGACGAUGACGAAGAUACUGAGGUGGAUGAGGACGAGGAGGGGAGACGGAGUAGAGGGAGUGUGAAGAUGAUGAGUAGUGCUGCUCUAGGGAAGUAUGAUAUGAAGACAAAGAAGAGAGUUCCAUUGAAGUUUGUGGAAGAUGAAGAUGAUUUAUCACUGCAUGUCGCGGCGAUAAGGAAGGAGGUUAAAGGGCGGAGUAUGCAGAAAAUUGAAACCGAAGAAGACGAGAAGGAAACAAUACUUAGCUCUAAAAGGUUUGAUGAAUAUGAUGUAUCUCCUUUGACAGUCAAGGCCCUUACUGCAGCAGGUUAUGUGCAAAUGACUAAAGUACAAGAGGCAACACUUUCUGCUUGUCUUGAGGGAAAGGAUGCUUUAGUUAAAGCAAGGACAGGCACAGGCAAAAGUGCUGCGUUUUUGCUUCCAGCCAUUGAAACAGUUCUGAAGGCCUCACGUAAAAAGAGUGCCCAAAGGGUCCCGCCAAUAGAUGUACUCAUUCUCUGUCCCACGCGAGAACUUGCUAGUCAGAUAGCUGCUGAAGCUAAUGUGUUGUUAAAGUACCAUGAAGGCAUUGGUGUGCAGACACUAGUUGGAGGGACAAGGUUCAAAGAAGAUCAGAAACGCCUAGAGUGUGAUCCAUGCCAGAUUAUAGUUGCAACACCUGGUAGAUUAUUAGAUCACAUUGAGAACAAGUCUGGCUUCUCUACACGAAUAAUGGGAUUGAAGAUGUUAAUACUUGAUGAAGCUGACCACUUACUGGACCUUGGGUUCCGGAAAGACAUAGAGAAACUUGUUGAUUGCUUGCCUCGACGAAGGCAGUCCCUACUCUUUUCAGCUACUGUCCCAAAGGAGGUCCGUCGCAUAUCUCAACUUGUUCUGAAAAGAGAAUAUGACUAUGUUGAUACAGUGGGGCUUGGACUGGAAACAAAUCCAAAGGUUAAGCAAUUUUAUCUAGUUGCACCGCAUGAACACCACUUUCAACUUGUGCACCAUCUUUUGUCAAGCCAUAUCUCAGAAGUGCCUGAUUACAAGGUCAUUGUUUUUUGUACAACAGCUAUGAUGACAUCCCUCAUGUUUUCCCUUUUCCGUGAGAUGAAAAUGAAUGUGAGAGAGAUCCAUUCCAGAAAACCUCAACUUUAUCGUACUCGAAUCUCUGAUGAAUUCAAGGAAACGAAACGUGUAAUUCUUAUAACCUCUGAUGUGUCAGCUCGGGGGAUGAAUUAUCCUGAUGUUACACUUGUUAUUCAGGUUGGUCUUCCUGUUGAUCGAGAGCAGUAUAUACACCGGCUUGGAAGAACUGGGCGAGAAGGCAAAGAAGGAGAAGGUAUCCUGUUGCUUGCACCUUGGGAACAAUAUUUCUUGGAUGACAUAAAAGACCUCCCCAUGGAAAACUGGCCAGUUCCACGUCUUGAUCCUCGUGUUAAAGUCAAGAUGGAAGAAGCAAUGGAAAAGAUGGAUACUAGUGUCAAAGAAUCAGCUUAUCACGCUUGGCUUGGUUAUUACAACUCGGUAAGGGAAGUAGGCCGAGACAAGACAACACUUGUCGAGUUAGCUAACCAGUUUAGCGAGUCUAUUGGUUUGGACAAGCCUCCUUCACUGUUCCGUAGAACAGCUCUAAAGAUGGGAUUGAAAGAUAUUCCCGGCAUCCGAAUACGUAAGUAGCUCGGAAUUUUUGAUCUUACGUUUAAAGAGAUUAUAUGAUGUUAGAGGACAGUAGUAGCAUCCACAGUUCUGGUGAACUGAACGUGCAUCGAUUUGGCGUCAGGAAAAAACAUUAGUUCCGCUGAUUAGCGCCUAAUGGAACUAAUGUAUUAAAUCUUCUUGAAAAAUGAAAUGUAAAUAUUUUGAGUGUGGAAUUUGUUUAUUCAGUACAUUGUUAACUUAAGAAUUUAUAAACUUUAAAUUUCGAAUUCGCUUGGUUUGAAAA